AUGCAUCCAUCAAACCCAGACUUACAUGCAGCCAUCAAACCCAGACUUACAUGCAACCAUCAAACCCAGACUUACAUGCAACCAUCAAACCCAGACUUACAUGCAACCAUCAAACCCAGACUUACAUGCAACCAUCAAACCCAGACUUACAUGCAGCCAUCAAACCCAGACUUACAUGCAACCAUCAAACCCAGACUUACAUGCAACCAUCAAACCCAGACUUACAUGCAGCCAUCAAACCCAGACUUACAUGCAGCCAUCAAACCCAGACUUACAUGCAGCCAUCAAACCCAGACUUACAUGCAGCCAUCAAACCCAGAUUUACAUACAACCACCAAACCCAGACUUACAUGCAGCCAUCAAACCCAGACUUACAUGCAGCCAUCAAACCCAGACUUACAUGCAGCCAUCAAACCCAGACUUACAUGCAACCAUCAAAUCCAGACUUACAUGCAACCAUCAAACCCAGACUUACAUGCAGCCAUCAAACCCAGACUUACAUGCAACCAUCAAACCCAGACUUACAUGCAACCAUCAAACCCAGACUUACAUGCAGCCAUCAAACCCAGACUUACAUGCAACCAUCAAACCCAGACUUACAUGCAACCAUCAAACCCAGACUUACAUGCAACCAUCAAACCCAGACUUACAUGCAACCAUCAAACCCAGACUUACAUGCAGCCAUCAAACCCAGACUUACAUGCAGCCAUCAAACCCAGACUUACAUGCAGCCAUCAAACCCAGACUUACAUGCAACCAUCAAACCUUGACUGCAACCAUCAAACCCAGACUACAACCAUCAAACCCAGACUACAACCAUCAAACCCAGACUUACCAGCCCACACUGACGACGUUACCCGUCCAAUUUAUGACAACCCGGGUUGCAGGAUGUUGCUACCCCACUCGACGCCCUUUAUCUCUCGGCACCCCAUUGUGCCCCCGUAUAGGCCAAGUGUGAACCGAACCUAUGAUGCAGGGCGCCAGGUUUUCAAGAGAAUUUGCUUUCAGCUCUAUCGAGAUAACAUAAUGGUCUACGGGUAA